AGAGGACUCGAUUUUCACGACACCGGAAGUCUCUGUCGGUCGUAGGACCCCUGAGUGCAUGCUGUAAUGUUGACAGUACGUCGCACAUAACUGUAAAUGGAUCGUUAAAUGAAUCAAUUUCGUCUACAUAUUCCGAAUUUUGUCAAAUCUUUCCUUUCACAUGAACCAUGACAGAAGUUAAAGUCAAGAAAGAGUCAACGGAUCCUGUAGAUAUUGAGAAUAGGAUAAAAGAGCUUUGCCAGCAGUUUCCGCAUGGGAUCACCGACCAGGUCAUUCAGAAUGACAUGCCUCACGUGGAGGCGCAGCAGCGAGCCAUGGCCAUCAACAGACUGCUGUCUGUGGGUCAGUUAGACCUGCUUCGAAACAGCAGUGGCCUUUUAUACAGGCUUAAGGAUCUGCAAUCUGCAAGUAAAGUAAAGGGCUCUGAUAACCAAGAAAAACUAGUUUACCAGAUCAUAGAAGAUGCUGGAAAUAAAGGAAUCUGGAGCAGAGAUAUUAGAUAUAAGAGUAACCUCCCUCUGACAGAAAUCAAUAAAAUCCUCAAGAACCUUGAGAGUAAGAAACUCAUCAAAGCAGUGAAGUCGGUUGCGGCCUCUAAGAAGAAGGUUUACAUGCUGUAUAACCUGCAACCUGAUCGCUCUGUGACAGGAGGAGCAUGGUAUAGCGAUCAGGAUUUUGAGUCUGAGUUUGUGGAGGUUCUGAACCAGCAGUGCUUUAAAUUCCUACAGAGUAAGGCAGAAGCAGCGAAAGACAGUAAGCAGAGUCCUAUGGUGCAGAGAAAUGGCUCAUUAGCCACCUCUCAUGAAGUCUGGAAGUACAUAUGUGAGCUCGGCAUCAGCAAAGUGGAUCUAUCCAUGGAGGACAUCGAGACCAUCUUAAACACACUGAUCUUUGAUGGGAAGGUGGAGAUGACCAUAAUUGCUGCUAAAGAAGGGACUGUGGGAAGUGUAGAUGGACAGAUGAAGCUCUACAGGGGAGUGAACCCCAUCAUCCAGCCCACGGGCCUGGUCAAAACGCCAUGUGGACUCUGCCCGGUGUUUGAUGACUGUCAUGAAGGCGGUGAGAUCUCUCCAUCUAACUGUGUUUACAUGGCGGAGUGGCUGGACUUCUGACCAGCCGAAUGAAUGUCUUUGUUUUUUCAUGCAACGAUUUGAUGCAACUUAAGAUAUCUUUUUUUUUUUUAUAAUGAACAUUGAUAGCUUUAAUGAUGAAGCUGAACUACAUCAACUGAACAGGAGGCAGCAUCCAAAUGAUCUUGUUUUUUAGGUUAUUCUUAUUGCUUCUCCUCACCUCCGGAUUAUUUCCAUUGAUAUAUCUUGACAUCUAGCCACAAAUAAAGGUUUUCAUUUUUGUUGAGAGGUCUAUA